AUGCCUCUGUGUGGAAAUUCAUCUGGAGCAGGUACGCGGGUUUCGAUACUCGGUGAUUAUGGAACGAUUGGAAAGUCAAUUUUGUCCACCUGCGACGAUGGAGACGUCGUUUCUCCUUGCCGACCCGUAAAUCUGUCGAAACAGGAAGCCGAGGAGGCGGCUCUGGCGAAGGAGAACAAAUUGGCAGCGCAGGCAGCUGCGAGGGAGGCCGCGGCCGCUGCUGCAGUGGCUGCCGCCGACCAGAUCGUCAAAUCGCCAUCCGAUUUCUCGUGCCACAGUUACGAGCUGUUCAUCAACCAGGAGCGGGGCAACGACGACAACAACCGGGAAAGGAUGAGCAUACGUUCGAUAGAAUCCGUCAGCGAGCAAAGGGUGAAACACAUCAAUAAUCACACGACCACCACCAAAGUGCGAAAAGUCAGCGCCGUCUCUCGCGCCGCUAAUGGCCAGUUAACUUAUCCCUACCAGGAAAGCCUGCGGAAGGUAUGUGUGUCACCAAGUACAAUCUGUCACCCGCCGACCGUACGUACUAAUUAGAUGUACUGGAUCGACGACGAUCCGACAAUCUCAUGUCGUUCUAUACCCAUCCCGACGAUAUCGCGCGUUCCCGGAAAAGGUCGAACGAUCUCUCGACGAUCAAACAUCAUCAAAUCGGUCCGACAUUUUGGAAACUUCGAUCGGCAUCAGUCGAGAUCGCUCUGUGUAAAAAUAUACCUCUGCCGUUUCCAAUUUUAUUGACGUUCAAAUCAACGAUUUACGACGUAGUUGAAAUCUCUAAAGAGAACAAAUUUUUUCAUGAAAACGUAAAAAACUGGGCUAGUUUGA